AUUUAAAAACUUGUCGCUAGUUUCUGGCUCGAAUUUUCGCCCUUAGUAAAGGACUGAAACGAAAAAUGUUUCUAACUUUAGACUAGUUAGAAGUGUUGUGGUAAAUGCUUUGAUAUGGAGGAAGAUGUGAGAUCAUACUCGAUGUCUCAUGCACUCGAGUUGCUGCAUGAGGAACUGACAUUAGAACUGGAAACAUACUCAUCGGGUCAGGCUCACUCUAGAAACUUUAAAAGAUGGCUGUCAGUGUUCCAUCACAAUGUUGUACGAACACUGUAUCACUGGACCACACUUGUAUUGGCCGUGCUGAUAGCAGUGGCUCUGCUAGUGGCUUACAGCUUCUGUGAGACAAAAAGCAGCAAUGACAGUAUAUGGAUAGUGAUUCAAGCAUGUUUAAUCCUAGCAUCUGUGCUUGGCAAUGUAUUUCUGGCUCUACAUAAUGAUUCACAGGAAAGACUCGAGUUUGUGCGACUUCUACAAGAAAUUCUGAAGAGAUUGGCGGCUUGUAUGAGAUACAACACUUGGAAUAAGACAUAUUUCCCAGGAAUAGACUCUCCACUGUCCCCAUGUCUGACCCUGGUAUGGACCAUACGUGAUGGCAACAUUUACAGUAUACCCACACCACUGCUGGUUAAAGGAGAUGUAAUUUUGUUGAGACCAGGACAUAAGGCUCCUGCCAGAUGUAAACUGUUACAGAAGAUUGGUGUUGGGAUGGAUGCAGAGAUACUGGAGGAAGGAGAGGUUUUCUCUCCCGAUGCCGACAAUGAGGUCUAUAACAUGCCUAAAGUUAGAGAACCUACACAAUCCCAGAAAUUUAUGAUAUUGGAAACACCAUAUGUAAAAUGCUUGAGACACAUAUUUGAAGACACCCACCGUCCACCAAGUAUUGUAGAACAUGAGAAGUACACAAUAAUGACAAAGUGGAUUGAACGGAAGAUUGUUCCUGUUGUACUGGUUGUAAUGUUUGUAGCUAAUAUUGUCAGACUGUUGCACAUGAAGGGUCAUACAGGGCACUGGACAGAGAUGGUCAUCACUCUUCAGGUCCAAGCAGUGUUCCCAUUAGUACCUUUGAUUAUACCAGCCAUGUAUCUACUUAUAAAUUUCUAUGGACAAGCGCGAGUGUUCACAGCAUUUGAGGCAGGUAAAGGAUCCAAGUCUCUGGGAGAUCAUAGCUUUGACACGGAUAGUUCAAUCUCAGCAGACGAGGCUCGUGUAGAUCUUUCCUGGCAGACGGUCCUAGACUGGUUCAAAUGUAUAGUGACUGGUCGUGUACAGGUUAUUACUAGAAGAAUUAAUAUUACACACAUCCUUGGCUCUGUCACAUCACUGUGUUGUGUAGAUAAGAAAGGUAUUCUGUCAUACCCAAAUCCUACACCAGAGAAGAUAUUUUUCCUCAGAAGGGGUCAUAAGGACCUGAAGCAUCAGACAUCACUGACCACCAAUGAAGGGGGAGUUGUACCGGACACUGAACCUGCUGUAGAGAAAGCCACUAAAUAUUCGGAAAAUACUGGAAUAAUGACCUGGGUAGAAGUUCUUGAUGUUACAUCUGAUCCAAAGACAUCAUUCAGUGUACAUUUUGAUGACCCCUCCUGGGACCAACACAUCACAUCUCUCAAACCACUGGGUCUGACGGUAUUAGCAAACACAUGUAACUUGGAGACGGCUUCCUGGUAUACACAGUUUGCUGACCAUGUGGCUUGUGCUGGACUAGAAAAUGAAGAAACUGUUGCUGUUGUCAACAGGAGAUGUAUGUGUGCCUUGGCAAGAGAAAUUGGCUUCUCAGACAAUGCUAUGGAUAUUUUCUCUCUUGAGAAAACUCUGGGCAUGUACAGACAAGUGUCAGCUGAGAUGACCACAAAGGAGAGACUUCAGCGAGCAAAAUCCUUCAUACAGCACAAGAUCCCUAUGCCAAACAUGGUCUCUGUCGUACUGAGAGAAAAAAUAUCGGGGUCUUGUCAGCUACUGUCUCAGGGUACAGCAGAUAUUGUACUGUCUUGUUGCACAGAUUUCUGGGACGGUCAGGAUCUUACUCCACUUACACAGACAGAAAGAAAGAAGAUUUUAGACUUUUAUCACCGUACCAGUAUUGGAUCAUAUUGCACAGCCUUUUCCUAUUGCCCUGUUAGGCAGAGUAUAAUUGGUAGUUCAAAGGAUCUAUAUAUAGAACUUCCUGAUGAUACACAUUUGAUCAACCUAGCCGGCAGUAUGGCUUCACUUGACAGAGAUCUAGAGUUGAUGUCUGAGUGUCACGGUCCUUGGGAAUUUCCCCGAUCCUUCAGUGCUGAUUCCUUGAUAGAUUCCAUGAGUAUAACAUCAUUGGAGGAGAAUAACAAGGGCGUGUUACAAACACAGUGUAACCAAGUGUUUAUUGGCAUGGUAACCAUGCAAUACCAGGCAAGACAGGACUUUAUUCAACUGAUAGACAAACUUGAGGGAGCCUGUAUACGUUUUGUGCACUUCUCCCAAGAGAAUGAGGUGCGGAGCAGGGUGUUUGCGGAGAAGAUGGGGCUAGAGGCAGGCUGGAACUGUCACAUAUCUCUAAGAUCUGAGGAGCAAUAUCUCUCUGCAAUGUCGGCAAAUACAUCAGGGCCUGAUACCUCACAACAUCCUAGCAGACGUUCAACAGUCAGCUUUCCAAAGGGAGAUAAGCCAGUAUUAUCUAAACUUGCAAAGAAGAUCUCACAACAAAAGAAACAGAAGGAGAAUAGGAGCCAGAGUGCACCCAGUAUAGUGAACCUAGGCGCGUCUCAGGUGAAGUUUGAAACCCAGGUGAAAACGGCAAUUGUUAGCCCAAGGAAAGUAAAAACAGAGGCUGGUAUUGAUAUACAAGCGAGAGAGGAGGUCCUGCUUCUACAGUAUGAGGAAUUACAGGUUCAAGGUCACCUUGAUGUGUCAGAUAUUGAGAUAGAUGGAGAAGAUCAGCCUGCCUGGCUCAGUGAUGAGGAUCUGAGCCGACAAACGUCCAGUUAUAUCACAGAAAACACCGAGGAUAGCCUGGCUUUUGACAAUAGGGCAAAGUUACCGAGGGGUAUAGAGAACAUCCGUCCACAUCUUGAAACAGUAGAUAAUGUACCACUGUUGGUGAAUCUCUUUACAGAUUGCACUCCGGAAACUACAUGUGAAAUGAUCCGGAUCAUGCAGGAGCAUGGAGAGGUUGUGCUGUGUGUUGGCAGCUCUAUUAAUACACAAAAUGUUCCACUGUUCCUUCAGGCUGAUUGUAGUUUAGCUUUGGAACCUCUUUGUCCCCAGGUGUGUGUGAGACAGCCCACAGCAAGCUUAUUGUGGGAUAAGAACGUGCCGACCCCUCUACAGUUGGCAAGUUCUCUACUGUCUAUCAUGUGUCCUAUACUGAUCAGCAAGAAUGAAAAUAUCAGUCUUAUACAUCUUAUUGCUGAGGCUCGAUCACAGUUGAUGUCAAUGAGGAAUUGUUUCUACCUGAUGUUGUGCUGCAGUCUGUCAAUUACAUUUGCUCAGGUUCUUGCUAGUGUGCUGCUGCUACCUCCGGUCCUCCCAGCACAGCAUAUACUGUGGCUCACCCUGAUUGUUGUUCCCCUGCUGGGCCUCAUCAUGAUGGGUAACUCAGUCGAUGCAAGAGUGAUGUCCCUUGCUACUAGGAAAAAUGCUAAUCAUAUCACUUCAGAGAUGAUAGUGCAGUUUAUUUUAUAUUAUUUGGUGAGAUUUUUACCACCAGUAUUAGUAGCACUUUUCUGCUACUAUUUUACCCUACAUUCCUACUGUCAGACUGUGACUCCAGAUAACUCUACAGACACUUGUGCAAUACAUGAUUUCUUUUACACCUCACCUGAUGCUAGCAGAACUUGGACAGAAAAGUUCUCUGGCGGGCUGGUCCUUGCUCAGAAUAUAUUUGUAUUUCUGCUAGUUCUUUAUUUUGAAUUUAUUUCCUUGAGUUUUGUUCACUGGAAUGACCAUAUAUGGCAGCAGUUCCCAGCUACAAAUAAACUGUGGUUGAUUGUUGUACCGUUUUUAAAGUUUGGCAAGGAGGAAAAAGUUCUGCAGAGAUUAUUUGGACAAAUAGUAUUUAGCAUCUGUGAUACAUAUAUACGAAGUAGCGAAGUAAGUCAGACCCUGCUGUUAUCUCAAGUCCACCCUGCAGUAUGGGCAGUGGGGCUAGCAUUCCCGAUAGUCAUGGUGCUAAUCAAUGAGUUGGUUAAACACAGAGAAAUAAAGCUAGCUGUGCGUUCACAGAAGAGAGCGAGACUGGACUUUGGAACAAAACUUGGAAUGAACUCUCCUUUUUGAAAGCCAGUGAGUCAAACAGAACUUUGCCACAGAACUUGGAAUGAACACUCUUUUCUGAAAGGCAGUUAGCAAGAUUGGACUUAUUAAUAAAACUUGGAAUGAACCCUCCUGUUUUGAAAGACAAUAAGCCAUACUUGAUUUUAAACAAAAUAAAGAAUGGCAAUAAGUCAGACUAGACUUUGGAACAAAAUUUGGAUUGAACUCUCCCAUUUUGAAAGCCAGUGAGUCGGAUUACACUGGACUAUUUUCAUUGGACUCAUAUUAGUAGUCAUAAUUGCUUAUGUAUCAUUGAAUCUCUUAUAAGAGGCAUGUCUCCAGAUGAACAUCACAAUAUAAAUAAUUUGAAAUGGGAUAGCAAGGUGUAACUCUUUAAAAAUCACAAAAAAUUCAAAAGAUGG